AUGAAUCCCAAAUCGGAUGCUGUGCUGACUCGGUCUAAAACAAAAGCUGUUCAGGAAGCUAACCUCCGAAGUGAUGUGAGUUUAGCAGAUCCGUCAACUUUACGUGAGGAACCUUUUGAACCCAGCUUCAUUGAACUCGACCGAGGUGGUGAACAUGAUUGCGUCGCUUGUGACCGUCGGAAUGAUGCGGAAAAAUAUAUGAUCCAGUGUUUGGACUGUACGCGUUGGGAGCACUUUACGUGUGCCAAAGUCACGACCGCUAAUGCAAACACAGUAGUUCAUCGUUGUGUUAUGUGUCUCCCUCGAAUACCCGCCAAGCCGCUUAGCUCUAUAACCAAACAAUCGACGGCCAGUAGCGCCCGGCGUAAACGUAUUGCUAGGGAUCUCGAGAAGCUCGAGGAAGAGCAUAAACUCCAGGAGCAAGAUGCUCAAGAACGGUUGAAGAGAGACAAGGAAUACAUGGACCGAAAAUAUGAGCUACUAAAACAAAAGGAUGAAGAAGAUGAUCGAAGUUCCCAUCGUAGUCAUCAGUCGAAUCCAAGUAGAGUCGCAGAAUGGGUCGAUUCCCAAAUUGAUUCGGCUGGGGCAUAUGGCAAUGAAGAAGUGAUCGGAAGUGACAACAAACGCGCUGAAAUAUCUCCCCUAUGCUCCGGUUUGACAUCUACUCCGCUGGAUAUUAAAAUGUACAGAGAUAACAAACGACUUGACUGCAGUUCAUUGCAGAGAACUACAGGGAGUAUAUCAAUUGUCGAGCAGGUUGACAACAAAUCAGAUAGAACCACGGAAACCCCAGUUCAUCCUUCCUUGUUCAUUCCACCGGUAAAUAUUCAACCAUAUGUCUCGCUUUUGAAAGAUGCCGCCCGAGAUGGAUUUAGACCUACCGGUACUAUACCUAAAGUAACCCGGCCAACAUUCGACCAAUGGCGUACUGAAACUGAAGGUCUACGUAAAAUCCACAAUCUCGAAGAGCUUCAUAAGGAGGAAAAUAAUGUACGUCGGAAACGAGAAAUCGAGUUAGCAAAAGAGAUUAAACGGAUGGAAGAAGUUGUGUUGGAAGAUAGGCGCCAAAUGCAGUUAGUAGAAUCCAGUCUACGCGAACAACUUGAUAUGUACAAGCGUGAACGAGAGGUACAUUAUCUUCAGCAACAAUCAGCAGUCAGACAACGGGAGGAGGAACAGCAACGAUUUCAUUUGAUGGAGAUGCAGCUAAGGAGCCAGUUGAACGAUGCACUCAAGCAUCGCCUUAUAGAAACACAGGAUGGGAUUCCCCAGAAAUGUAAUGGAAGUUCCAACGGAGAGUAUGCAGCAGGUAACCCAAAAAACCCCGUACACGUUCAACCACCGGUAAGUUCUGAUAAACCAAACGCCUUUGAACCAAUUAAUUAUGAACCAUCCACUUUAUAUAAUGAUCCAAUGCCUUACACUCCCGUGGGUGGUCGUUCUGAAAACUUUAUACCUGCUUCUCCCCACCCAUCGUCUCUUGGUAUGCCCAACUGUAGUCCACCAAUGCCUCUGUUUACACCGAUUCCUCCCGUUGCCCCCUGGAGCUACCACAACGUCUACAACAAUACUCAGCCGUCCCAGUUUGCCACAACCACUCAUCAGCUUGUUGCUCGCCAAGCCGUUACGAAAGAACUGCCCAUAUUCUCCGGAGACCCUACGGACUGGCCGGCAUUCAUCAGCAGUUAUCGUAACUCGACAGAUCUUUGUGGGUACUCAGACUCUGAGAACCUGCUUAGAUUGCAACGAUGUUUACAAGGACAGGCGAAAGAAGCAGUGAGCAGUUUUCUUCUCCACCCAUCAACUGUACCCAAAGUUAUAACAACUUUAGAAACGCUGUUCGGUCGCCCGGAACAAAUAGUUCAUCAAAUGGUCAAGAAGGUGAGAUCGACUCCCGCUCCCAAAGAUGAUCGUUUUGAUUCUCUCGUCCACUUUGGGCUAGUAGUUCAAAAUAUGUGUAGCCACUUACAAGCAGUCGGAUUAGCGCAACAUCUCUCGGACCCAACACUUCUCAAUGAACUCGUCGAAAAGUUACCACCAACUGUAAAAUUUAAUUGGGGACUCUACCUGGAGCAAAUUCCCUGCCCAGACUUGAGUGUCUUUGCCCAAUACAUGGAACGAGUUGUCAAAGCAGCCAGUCGCGUUACCCUCAAUAAUGGUACUACGAGCAGGAUUUCCAAGGACGAACGAUCGAGAAAGGAGAAGGGGUUCAUUAAUACACAUUCCAUAACUCUUGAGACACCAGAAGAUACGACCGAGGUUGAUGACUACCCAACAAACACAUCGAAUGUGAAAAAUGCUGUAGUAUGUGUUGCUUGUAAUGACACUAAUCAUCACAUUACGAACUGCUCUGUAUUCAAAGAGUUUACUUUAGAUGAUCGGUGGAACCUAGUAAAAAGAGAUAAACUAUGCCGAAACUGUUUGAGUCAACAUCGCCGCUGGCCAUGUAGAGGAAGAACAUGUGGAAUUAACAAUUGCCAAAAACGCCAUCAUCGACUUUUGCAUUUCGAGCCGCAGGUGAACCAAUCAACUGCCAGUGUCAACGUACAUCGGGAAAUAUCCUCUUCUACGCUUUUUCGAAUGCUUCCAGUGUUGCUAAUUGGGCCUAAGGCAAAAGUCGAGACUUAUGCCUUUCUUGACGACGGUUCGUCAGUCACUCUUCUGGAACGUGCAAUUGCUGAUAAGAUUGGAGCUGAAGGUCCUUCAACGUCCUUGUGUAUUCAAUGGACAGGCGGGGUGAAUAAAACAAUAUCAGACACUAAAAUUUUGGAGCUACAAAUAUCUGGAAUUGAUGCUGAAAAAUGUCUACCAGUUUCGGAAGUAUACACCGUCGACUCUUUAGGAUUGCCCGAACAAAACUUAGAUUUCAAUAAAUUGAAAAAUCGUUUCGAACACUUGGAUGGUAUCCCAGUAAAAAGUUUUAAAUCUGCUGUCCCAGGAAUCCUAAUAGGUCUUAGCAACGCUCAUCUACUUACUACAUUCAAGAAGCGAGAAGGUCGAGUAAACGAACCUAUAGCUUCUAAAACGCGAAUCGGAUGGUCAGUCUACGGUCGCUUACCAGGGGGAGCCAGCCAGCAACCACAUCGACAAAUGCACAUAUGUGGACAGCCACACCAUGAUGAUUUGCACGAACUAGUUAUAGGUUUUUUCGAUAUUGACAGUCUUGGAAUCGCUUUGGCACCGACAGUACAAAGUUUUGAUGACGAAAGGGCCUACAGAAUUUUGAGGGAAACCACAAGAAGAACAACUAGCGGGAGAUUCGAAGUAGGCCUCCUAUGGCGAUUCGAUUAUAUCGAGCUGCCCGAUAGCAAACCAAUGGCAGAGAAACGCCUCAAGUGUCUGGAAACCCGUUUAAAGAAGAACCCAGAUCUAUAUGACAAAGUUCGACAGCAAAUAAAAGACUACCAACUUAAAGGUUAUGCCCACAAAGCCACCAAGGAAGAGCUGGAGAAAUUCGACUUGCGACGGACAUGGUUCUGCCCCCUUGGAGUUGUUAUAAAUGAGCGGAAACCUGGUAAAAUUCGCCUCAUUUGGGACGCAGCCGCAAGAGUCGAAGGCGUGUCCCUUAAUUCUGUUCUUAUGAAAGGUCCGGAUUUAAUAUCUUCUCUUUUAAGCAUUCUCUUCCAAUAUCGAGAACGUAAGGUUGCCAUCUCAGCGGAUAUCAAAGAGAUGUUCCACCAGAUACUCAUUCGCGAACAAGACCGUAGUGCGCAACUUUUCCUAUGGAGAGACUCCCCCGAACACCCGCUUGAUAUUAUGGUGACUGAUGUAGCUAUUUUCGGAGCCACUUGUUCGCCAGUGCAAUCGCAGUUCGUCAAAAAUCUGAACGCGACUGAAUACUCGUCCAGAUUCCCUAAGGCUUGCAAUGAUAUAAUGCAUUUGCAUUACAUGGACGAUUACCUUAGAAGCGCAGACACAGUAGAUGAAGCAAUCGAGUUGGCUCUUCAAGUAACCAAGGUUCACGAAAAAGGAGGCUUUCAAAUUGUGAAUUGGCUAUCAAAUGAGUCCAUGGUGCUAGAUGCCAUAGGACAAGCCGAUCCAACUGCUGUUAAAAACUUGCAACUCGAUAAAACGAACCGAGCAGAACGAUUAUUGGGAAUCCUUUGGCACCCAAAGGAAGACGUCUUUACCUUUUCGCUAAAUUUACGCGAGGAUGUGGCUAAGAUUCUUGUUGAUGAUAAAAUCCCUACGAAACGGGAACUGCUUAAAGUGGUCAUGAGUAUCUACGACCCACUUGGUUUAAUAUCUCUGUUUGUAGUCCAGGGGAAAAUUAUCGUUCAAGAUGUAUGGCGUUCUAAAAUCGACUGGGACGAAGAAAUUUCAACGGAGAUGACCGCGCGCUGGAAAGUAUGGUUGAAUACACUGCAGCAAAUAAAGGAGUUUCAGAUCCCGCGAUGUUAUUUUCCUAACUAUAACGAGAAAAGCUAUGAUAACUUACAGCUCCACAUAUUCACAGACGCAAGCGAACAAGCUUGCGCGGCUGUUGCGUACUUUCGCAUCGUCGAAAAGGGAAAUGUUCGUUGCGCAUUGGUUACCUCGAAAACAAAGGUGGCUCCUCUUCAAUUCCUGUUAAUACCGCGCUUAGAACUUCUUGCAGCAGUUUUGGGAGUGCGUUUGAAGAAAAUCGUAGAACAAGAGCAUACUUUGGUUAUCAAGCGCACGGUUCUAUGGAGUGAUUCUACAACUGUUCUAGCCUGGAUUCGAUCCGAUACGCGACGCUAUACACAAUACGUAGGUCAUCGGGUCAAUGAAAUCCUCCAUUCUUCGCAGAUUCAACAAUGGAGAUGGGUACCAACUAGUUUGAAUGUAGCGGAUGAAGCUACUAAAUGGGGCAAAGGUCUUUCGAUUCAACCAGAUAGUCGAUGGCUAAAAGCACCCGAGUUUUUGUAUGACAAUGAAGAAGAAUGGCCUCAUGAUCACCCUAUUUCCGCUCAAGAAACGAACGAAGAACUGCGACCUGCCAUGAUAUGUGUACACGUGGCUGUCGAACCUUUAAUCGAUGUAACACGUUUUUCGAAGUGGGAACGCUUGUUAAGGUGCGUUGGAUACGUGUUUCUUUUCAUUGAGAAACGUCUCCGGAAACCAGGUGAAGUGACCGCGGUAAGAUUAUCCCGAGAACACCUUAGAAGAGCUGAAAAUGUUCUUUGGAGAAUGGCACAGCAUGGUCCUUUUUUUGAUGAGCUAAGUAUUUUGAAGCAUAAUUCCAAAUUAAAUUGUACGACGAAGCGUAAACUGCAAAAAUCCAGUCCUUUAGUACAUGUGAAUCCUUUUAUUGACGAGAAUGAUGUGAUCCGAAUGAGUGGUAGACUUGAGGCAGCAGAGUGGCUCUCGUAUGAUGCGAGAAACCCUGUGAUACUCCCAAGAGAUAGUAGGAUAACUUACUUAAUAUUGGACUGGUACCAUCGACAACAUCGUCAUGCUAACAAUGAGACUGUAGUCAAUGAAGUGCGCCAAAGAUUUUAUGUGGCAAGACUAAGAGUUCAAAUACAGACCCUCUCGAGAAAAACAUGCAUGUGGUGUAAGGUUUACAAAGCUCGUCCGGUCGCUCCUCAGAUGGCCCCUCUGCCUAAAGUUCGAGUAACUCCAAACGUUCGCCCAUUUUCAUUCACUGGUAUCGACUACUUUGGGCCGUACUAUAUAAAAAUUGGCAGGGCUGUUGCCAAACGAUGGGUUGUCCUUUUCACCUGCCUCACCGUAAGGGCCAUUCACCUAGAGAUCGCUGCCUCUCUCUCGACUGACUCCUGCAAAAAGGCUAUCCGACGUUUCAUCGCACGUAGAGGCGCUCCAGAAGAAAUUUACACGGAUCAUGGAACGAACUUCAAAGGAGCUAGCCGCGAACUUAAAGCAGAACUUUCUAAGUUAAAUGGUGAGUUGGGAACUUCAUUCACUGAUGCAGUGACUCAAUGGUAUUUUAACCCCCCAGCAGCACCUCACAUGGGUGGUUGCUGGGAGAGAAUGGUCAGAUCUGUUAAGACGGCUCUUGAGACCAUCCCAAUUGCUGACAAAUUAGACGAGGAAUCGUUGGCGACUGUUCUUGCAGAAGCAGAACAUAUGAUAAAUUCGCGACCACUCACUUUCAUUCCAUUAAGAUCCACCGAAGAAGAAUCAUUAACGCCAAAUCAUUUUUUGAUGCUAAGUUCGAAAGGGGUGCAUCAAGGCACAAAGAUAACAAAUCCGGGUAAUUCACUCAGAACCAGUUGGGAAUAUAUUCAAAGGGUCCUACAAGAAUUUUGGAGACGAUGGGUGGUUGCUUAUCUUCCUACAAUUGCAAGACGAACUAAAUGGUUCGAUGAUAUUCGUCCUAUACAAAACGGUGAACUUGUGAUCAUUGUGGAUGAGCGUAUUCGAAACCGGUGGUUGAGGGGGCGUGUAUUGAAAACAUAUCCGGGUAAAGAUGGUGUAACAAGACGUGCAGAUGUGCAAACAGCGGAUGGUAUCUUCAGCAGACCAGUCACCAAAUUAGCGCUUCUGGACGUAGGAACCGAGCAUGACGCCGAACCGGAAAUUCUAGCGACAUGA